UAACCCAGACAGGAGAGGACUUGAUAACAAAUACGCUAUACUUCCCUGCCAGAGUGCCGCAUCCUCUGCCUUGUCCACCGUCUCGUCUUCCUCCUCUGGUUCCCUUCCAAUGCGAAUGCCCACCCUCAUCAUCCUUUCUUAACUCUAGCUAGCCUAGAGGCUACAGCUCCUCCGCUCUGUUAUGCUCUAAUACUCCAUCAGUGUCGCCAUUAGCCGUUGCCUACCUCAGCUACUCACCUAUACCCCGCCAUUAGUGUGUAGUUGUGUACACGCUUAGUUCAUCCCUGACCUGACAACAAUUGCUUCAGGCUUGAGCAAGGAGGCCAAAAACAGGCUUGAGCUUCUGAUUUUUAUGGUAGGCAGCACACGCCAUGGAACCGGAAUGGAUGUUCAGUCAGAUGAAUUAGUUGCCAUCAUCAGCUAGGAGAGAGUUCUUGGCUUCGAUCAAUAGUAUUGGCCUCUUUGGAGGGGAGCUCGGCGGCGGCGGGGCGUAAUGGAGAGCCAGCGCGUGGUGGUGGUCGUGGAGGACGCGGCCGCCGCCCGCGCCGCGCUGCAGUGGGCCGUCGGCAACUUCAUCCGCGGUGGCGACUCCAUCACGCUGCUCCACGUCUGCCCGCCCGCGCGGUCGCGCCGGAAGCGCCGCCGCCUCCGCCUCGGCGGCUUCCAGCUCGCGCUCGCCUUCAAGGACCUCUGCAACGGCAUCGCCGAGGCCAAGGUGGAGAUCGUGGUGACGGAGGGGGAGCUCGGGGAGACGGUGGUGGCGACGGUGAACAACCUCGGCGCCACCACGCUCGUCGUUGGCCUCCACGACAAGAGCUUCCUCUACAGCGCGCCGAGCCCGUACACGAGGGUGAGGAGCCUGGGGUGCAGGGUCCUCGCCGUCCGGCAGCACGCCACGGCGCGGGACGGCUUCUUGAACGCCGAGCUCACACAGAUCGAGACCAUAAGCUUGCACAUACCACCGCCGAAGAUCCCGUUCCCGAUGUUCACGUUUCCGCUUGGCGUGAUAUGGAGAAGAUCGAAGCGGAGGAAGUGAUGCUGCUGAUGCGCGGCGGUGCGAAGAAGAACACGGAGCUCUUCUGUCGGGCGAACAGCGCGGCAGGCUGAUGCAGUCUGAGCUGAGCCUGACGGGCAGAUACACACGUGCAUGCACUGAUGCACAGCAACAGUCAGCAGAUUGACAUAAUUGUAACGACAGCGGCAGCGGCACCGAAUGUAUGUAGAAAGGUUACAAUCUGUAGCAGUGACAGUGAGAAAUCAUUUUUAGUCUCUGAAAAAAAACAAAGAGAAAAAUCUUUUUUAGUUCUGAAAGUUUGUAGGGCUUGUUGUCUUCGUUUCUGAAAGUUUUGCAGAAUUAUUUUUUAGUUCUGAUGACACGUAUAGUGGAAAGUUGCUGAAUGCGAUGGUUUAGUUCUGGAAU